AUGACGAACAACGAGACGAACAAGGACCGAUACGUCGGCACAGAAGUGCGCCUCGCAGGAGUGGCGUACGACGCAUUCUCGCUGGGCAAAGGGCCGCUCUCCGCCGCCGACAUCGCCACAAUCGCGCGCUGGCAGAUCGGCAAGGGCAAGUCGCUCAAGUACGAUGCAAAUGGCGUCUACUUCGUGCUAACGAGCAACAUUGUGGAGGUCGACGGCUUCUGCUCCAACUUCUGCGGCUGGCACACCAAGGCCGCGCACUAUCUCGGCCCGUUCAACCUCGGUUUCGCCGGGGAUCACGGCAGCUGCCCCGAUCCUUGCAUGCCCGAACCUGCCUCGCCUAAUGGCAACACGGCCAUGGACGCUACAGUGUCGACCCUCGCUAACAAGCUCGUAAAUAUCAUAACGAAUCCCGACACUGAGACGGGAUGGAUGAUGGGCGACGGUUCGGAGGUUUCCGAUAAUUGCGACAAGAAUUACGGAAACGACACUAUCGAGGUCAAGUACGCUCGUAACAGCGAUGGGUUCCAGUACCGCUACAAUCUCAUUGGCAACAAAGGCAUGAAGUUCCUUAUAUCGAAAGCGUGGGACCGCAUCGAGAACACGUGCAUGCUGCAGAACGACCUUCCCGAGGAUAGCACCCCAUGCCCCAACAUACCUCGCUGGAUUCGCCCUCGCCUGUGCGAUAUCUUCAAUCGAUGCUGUUAG